UGCAUAUUAUUACUCAACAAUUUUAAACAAUCAACAAUCAUCAAUCAAGCAAAGAAUCAAUCAGGUCUUUAUAUAAUUUAUCAAACAAAUAUACUUAAAAUACCUAUAACAUACUCAGAAGAAAAGUAAAACGCUGCUGUGGAGAGACGGAAAGAUCGAACAAGAAGUAUUAUUAGUAUUUAACGUUUGAAAAAGAAAAGAAAAACAACAUCCUCAUUAUAAACGGAAAAGCCUCAUUAACUUUAGAUCGAUAUACAGCUCUGGGCAGGUUUAAGGGCAACGCUAGCAAAGUAAGCAACAAUUCUAGGAUACUACAAACACAUUUAAGAACGUAUAUAUAUAGUUUAGAUAUAUCUCUAACUAUAUUUUGGAAAAUAACUUUGCAACUUUGAAGGCUGAAAACAUUUUGAUAAUACCGUAAAACAAAAAAAGAAAAAAACACACACAAAUUACUGGAUAAAUUUGCAACAAGUGUAAAGAAGAAGAGACUGAUUUUUACAAGAAAAAGAAGCGUGAGUGAGAGAGAAGAGGCGGAUCAGAGGCAAAGCAAGUGAUUCAGGAUUAAAUCCAAUAAGAAAAAAAAAGAGACCACAGCACGCACACACACAUACAGAGAAAACAUAUUUCUACAUUUCUAUUACCACAUAAACAACGCCUUACAUACUGCAACAUGUUGAAGAAACUCAAAUGCAUGGAGGCGGCAGCAGCCGCAGCAGCAGCUGCAGCGGCAGCUACCAAUGCCACAGCAGCAACCACAGCAACAACUGCGGCUGCUGUUGCAGCGAAGCCAGUGAUCAAGACGGAGCCCAUAGACUACGAGUUGUUGCACCUCGAGGAGCAGGAGCGCCGCCAGGCGGAGCCCAGCAGCAGCAGUGGCAGCAACGGAGUGGAUAAGCCAGCAACUGUUGCUGCUGCAACAGCAACAUCAGCGCCGCAGCAACGCUACACGCAUGUGCAAGUGCAGACGGUGCCGCCGCGACAGCCAACGGGACUCACCACACCUGGUGGCACACAGAAGGUGAUACUGACGCCACGCGUCGAGUACGUGCAACAACGCAAGCAGCUGUAUGCCACAGAGAGUGCCACAGCGCCGCAGAUCAUCAUCACGCGCAGCUUGCCGCAGUCGCAGACGGUGCAGCAGCGUCGCCACUCGACGAGUCCCUCCUCCACGCACUACACACAACAACAGCAGCAGCAGCAACAACAUGCACAGCAGCAACAACAACGUUUGGCGCACUCGCCACCGCCGUUGCAUCAUCAACAGGAGCAACAACAGCAGCAACAUGUUCGUGUUAUACGCGAUGGUCGCUUGUAUGAGGAGUCGCUUGUCUGUGCUGCCGGCGUGCGGCGUCUCUCGGUGUCGCCACCGCCGUUGCAUCAUCAUUCCCGCUCCGCGCCCGUUUCCCCGGUGAUCACAAGACGCGCCUACGUUGAGCAGCCACCGCUGAAUCAUGUGCAAUAUCAGCAGCAGCAAUGUCAGACACCGCCGUUGGCACCACCGCCCACGCCGCCACCGCCACCACCACCGCUGCCGCCACCUGUCAAGCAGCAGCAGCAACAUUCGCAGCAACAGCAACCACAGCAAUACAUUGCUGCCACGCCGCCAACAGCAGCGGCGCGCAAAUUUGUGGUCAGCACAAGCACGCGUCACGUCAACGUCAUUGCAGCCAAUCACUUUCAACAGCAGCAGCAGCAGCAACAACAGCAACAGCAGCAGCAACAUCUUGCACAGCAGCAGCAACAUUUAGCGAUUGCCAAUGUCAGCUCAAGCAGCGCUGCCUCCUCUUCCUCUGCCUGCCCCUCGACCUCCUCAGCGCACAUAUUUCGUGCGCCCAUCGUCUCUAGCAGCAGCAGCAGUGGCAACAGCAACGGCAGCAGCAAUGGCAAUGCUAGCAACAGCAAUGGCUGUCAGCAACAGUUGGCGUCGCAUCACAGCAACAACAACAGCAAUCACAAUUCGGCUAUGCGUCCACCACCGCCGCCGCCACCGCCGAAACUUAAGCAUGCAGCCAACAAUCACAACGGCAACAACAGCAGCAGCAGCAGCAACAACAGCAACAACAACAGCAGCAGCAGUAACAACAACAGCAAUGGAGAAGAACCCUCCAGCUCAAUUCCUGAUCUAGAAUUCGAUGGCACAACUGUGCUGUGUCGCGUCUGCGGUGAUAAGGCCUCCGGUUUCCAUUACGGCGUGCAUUCCUGCGAGGGCUGCAAGGGCUUCUUCCGUCGCUCCAUACAGCAAAAGAUUCAGUAUCGGCCUUGCACCAAAAAUCAACAGUGCAGCAUUUUGAGGAUCAAUCGCAAUCGUUGUCAGUAUUGUCGACUGAAAAAGUGCAUUGCCGUCGGCAUGAGUCGUGAUGCUGUGCGUUUUGGUCGCGUGCCGAAGCGUGAGAAGGCGCGCAUUUUGGCCGCCAUGCAGCAGAGCACACAGAAUCGUGGCCAACAGCGCGCUCUGGCCACCGAGCUGGACGAUCAGCCACGCCUACUCGCUGCUGUAUUGAGGGCGCAUCUGGAGACAUGCGAGUUCACCAAGGAGAAGGUCUCCGCAAUGCGUCAACGUGCCCGCGAGUGUCCAUCGUACUCAAUGCCAACAUUGCUGGCCUGUCCGCUAAAUCCCGCGCCCGAACUGCAAUCCGAACAGGAAUUCUCGCAGCGUUUCGCACACGUUAUACGCGGCGUCAUCGAUUUUGCGGGCAUGAUUCCCGGCUUCCAGCUGCUGACGCAGGACGAUAAGUUCACACUGCUGAAGGCGGGACUCUUUGAUGCGCUCUUUGUGCGUUUGAUCUGCAUGUUCGACUCGUCGAUCAACUCAAUCAUCUGCCUCAAUGGCCAAGUGAUGCGUCGCGAUGCCAUACAGAAUGGCGCCAAUGCGCGUUUCCUCGUCGACUCGACGUUCAACUUUGCGGAGCGCAUGAACUCGAUGAAUUUAACCGAUGCGGAAAUUGGUUUGUUCUGCGCCAUCGUUCUGAUCACACCCGAUCGUCCAGGGCUGCGCAAUCUGGAGCUGAUCGAGAAGAUGUACAGCCGCCUGAAGGGUUGUCUGCAGUGCAUUGUCUCUCAGAAUCGUCCCGAUCAACCCGAUUUCCUCGCCAAGCUGCUCGACACAAUGCCCGAUCUGCGCACCCUGAGCACACUGCACACCGAAAAGUUGGUCGUCUUUCGCACCGAGCACAAAGAGCUGUUGCGCCAGCAAAUGUGGAGCAUGGAGGAGGGCGAUGCGGCGAGCAAAAGUCCCGCUGCCAGUUGGGAUGCCAUGGACGUGGAGGCCGCAAAGAGUCCGUUGGGUUCAGUCUCAAGCACCGAGUCCGCUGAUCUCGAUUAUGGCACACCAAGCAGCACGCAGUUGCAACACCAACAGCAGCAGCAACAACAACAACAGCAACAGUCAGCUUUGGCUAGCUCAGCACCUCUGUUGGCUGCCACGCUUUCGGGCGGUUGUCCGUUGCGUAAUCGGGCUAAUUCCGGUUCGAGUGGCGACUCCGGGGCAGCUGAUAUGGAUAUUGUGGGUUCGCAUGCGCAUCUCACGCAAAACGGUCUGACAAUCACGCCCAUUGUGCGUCAUCAGCAGCAGCAACAACAGCAACAAGAGCAACAGCAGCAGCAACAGGUGAGCCAACAGCAGCUCAACCAACAUCAGCAGCAGCAACAUCAACAGCAGCAGCAGCAGCUGAAUCACCAUCAACAGCAUCCGCAGCUGCAUCAUCACCUGACAUCGGGCGCAACUUCACGCUAUCGCAAACUCGACUCGCCCACAGAUUCGGGCAUCGAGUCGGGCAACGAGAAGAACGAAUGCAAAGCUGUGAGCUCCGGUGGCAGCAGCUCAUGCUCGAGUCCACGCUCCAGUGUCGAUGAUGCGCUCGACUGCAGCGAUGCAGCGCAAUCGGCUUCCGUUGGCGGCGUCUCCGUGUCGCCAGUUCGUUCGCCGCAACCCUCGAGCAGCGCGAACCUAAAGCGUCAGAUUGUCGAGGACAUGCCUGUGUUGAAGCGUGUGUUGCAAGCUCCCCCGCUGUACGACACCAACUCGCUGAUGGAUGAGGCGUACAAGCCGCACAAGAAGUUCCGUGCUCUGCGGCAUCGUGAGUACGAAACAGCCGAAGCGGAUGCGAGCAGUUCGACGAGCAUGCCGGCUCACAGUCCUCGCCAGAGUCCGACGCCAACGCCGACGCACAUUAGUGUGGUGCAAACGCCGCCGCCGCAGUCGCAAGUGGCUGCAAAUGUGGCAGCAACCAGUCAGCUGCACAUGCAUCUCACUCGCAGCAGUCCCAGCCAACAGCAACAACAGCAACAGUUGCAGCAACAGCAACAACUUGGUUCGAUGGCAAGCACUCACUCGGUGUUGGCCAAAUCGCUGAUGGCGGAGCCUCGCAUGACGCCGGAGCAGAUGAAACGCUCGGACAUCAUUCAGAACUAUUUGAUGCGCGAACCGGCCACAGCAAUGGCCAGCAGCACCACCGGCAAUCGCAGUCCUAGCAGCAACCAUUGUCCCUCGCCCUCGACCAGUUCCCCGCCGCCGCCGUCGCCCGUCGCACAGCUGCAACAUCAUCAUCAGCAGCAGCAGCAACAGUCGCGUUGGACCACCAACAGUUGCCAGCAGCGUCAGCAAUCGGUGUCGCCGCACAGCAAUGGCAGCAACAGCAGCAGCAGCAGCAGUUCCAGUUCCAGCAGCAGUUCCAGUUCCAGCUCCUCUCAGUCCAGCCACAGCAGUUGUCCGUAUUUCCAAUCGCCGCACUCCACCAGCAACAGCAACAGCAGCAACAUCAGCAGCCAAUCCGCCACCUCAUCAACAACAGCAGCCGCUGCUGCUGCUGCGGCAGCAACAUCGUCAACGUCUUGCAUUGUGACGCCGCCGCCGCGUCCCUCGCCCAUGUUGGAGUUGCAGGUGGAGAUUGCGGAUCCUGCGCAGCCAUUGAAUCUGUCCAAGAAAUCGCCGACGCCGCCGCCAAGUAAGUUGCAUGCCCUGGUUGCCGCUGCCAAUGCUGUGCAACGUUAUCCCACGCUGUCCGCUGACGUCACCGUGACAGCUGCCACAAAUGGCGCCGUCUCCACGGCCACGCCCAGCAGCACGCCGCCCACCAGCAGCAGUGGAAGCGCAUCCCCCGGAGUGCCCACGGUGCACAAAGUCAUGCUAGAGGCGUAAGAGAGAGACUGAGCAGAGAAAGAGCGAAAGAGAGAGAGCGGAAGAACUUUCCUUAAAGAGAGAUGCAAAGAAUAAAUAAUGCGUAAAAAUUAAAUUAAAUUAUUUUUAACUUAACUUCACAAAAUAUUACAAGAGAAAAAAAAACAAAAAGUGAGCAAGUGUACAAAGUUUCAAAAUGCAUGCAAUUUAAAUAUUUAAACUACAAGUUAUUAAUUAACAGAGCAGAGCAGAGCAGAGCAGGUAUUGAAAACACCACAAUGUGUGGACAUAAAAAACAUAAAAAAACAAGAAAAAAACAUUAAUGAAAAACAACCAUAUAUUUUAGCAGUUAAAACACAACACAAAAGAAAAAAACAACAACAAAACAUAAAUUAUUCAUUAAUUUCCCGAUUUGCUUUUAUCUUGAUUUCUUGAUUUCUAAUUCUAAUUUCCGCAAAACUCUCAACUUUUCGAUUGUUUUUUAAGUUUUAAGCAAUUUGUUGUACAUAUAUUACAAUCUACAUUUUACGCAAAUAUUAUUAUAUAUUAUUAUAAUUAUUAUUAUUAUUAUUAUUAUUACUAUUAUUAAUUAUUUGUACUCUAGACAAGCAAUGCGUUCAACUACUUGCUUUUUUACAUGUUUUUUGAAAAAACUGCAAAUUUUAAUGUUGUCUAAUAUUCUUCUUCUACCCCUCCCCCCUCAAAAAAAAAAUCACUUUUUUUUGCGAUCUCCGUUAAGUGAAAAAAUUGGUAUCAACAAAAAAAAAAUGGCAACUGCUAUUUUUUUUUGUGUAUUGCAACAUUGAAAAAACAUGCGAUAAACAAUUUGCAAAACUAUAUUUAAGUUCACAUUGAAUUCAGUUUUUAUGAAUUGCAAACAAACAAAAAUUGAUCUAAAAUCAUAAGCGUUUAAUAUUAUUGUUUUCUAAUUUUAAUACAAACAAAAAAAAACCCACACAAAAAAAAAAUCAUAUAAAAAAAAUGAGACAUAUACUUCUACAUAUAUGAGAGAAAAAAUUGAAUCAAACAAAAGAAAUGCUUAAGAGUUUUAGCAGCAAACAAAAAAAACCCAACGUUAAAAUAUUUGUUGUGUACAUAGUUAAAUGUUAAAUUAAACAAUUACCAAUUACAAUUACCAAUUACGAUUACAAAUGUAAAACCAACGUAUUUAAAAAAUAUGAGAAAUAUAUGCUUAAAACAAAACAAAAACAAAUUUAAUGUUUAAUUGGCGUAAGAACAACAACAACAACAAACAGCAACUUAGCAGCAAAAUACAAAAAAAAUAUAAGAAAAAAAACAGAGAAAAAAACAAGAAACAAAAAACAACAAAAAGAUUAUUGAUGAUAUAUAAAUAUAUUAUUUAAAAACGUAAAAUACACUUGCGGUAGCAAAAAACUAUUACAUUAAUUCUAUUAUAUAAUUAAUAAUUAUGCAGUACUAUUAUGAUUAUUAUAAUUCUUAUGAUUAAUUAAUUACUAUUUCUUGUGGUAAGCAACAACAAACAACAACAACAACAAAAAGAAA